AGUUUCAUUUUAUUGUGCCGGUUAAUCCAAAGAAUCCAAAGAAAGACGAAAAAUGGCCAGUAAAAAGUUUUCCGACAUAAAUCUUUAUGAACUUUUGGGCAUUGACAUUGAUGCAGAGCAAAAUGAAAUUCGCAAGGCAUACCGAAAACGCGCCCUCGACUGCCAUCCUGACAAGAAUCCAGAUAAUCCCCAAGCGGCCGAGCGGUUCCAUGAACUAUCCAAGGCACUCGAGAUCCUAACAGAUGAAUCUGCUAGGUCGGCUUAUGACAAAAUAUUAAAGGCAAAGAAGGCAGCGGAGUUGAGAAAUCGUCAACGGGACAGCAAGCGACAGAAACUAAAGGAGGAGUUGGAGGAACGGGAGCGAUCUGCGUAUCAUAAACUGGAAAGAAGUCAGCCGUAUAGCACGGUUACCAAAAGCGACGAAGAACUUCUGCAGGAACAGAUCGAUCGUUUAAGGAAGGAGGGAUCCCAGCUGCUAGAGGAGGAGCAAAGGGCUAUGCGGGAGCAGCUAAAACGCAGCCAUGACGAGAAACUUAAACUCCAACAACAACGCACUCAAUUCGAUUCAGCUCAGCAUCGCAUUAAGAUUAAGUGGAAGGCCGGUCCUGACCAGGACUACACAGAGGAGCAACUGUUGAAGUAUCUUAAGAAAUACGGUGAUGUUGUUGCCUUGGUGAUGAACAAAAAGGGUCGAGGACGUGCCAUGGUGGAACUGGCCAGCCGCGAGGCCUGCGACAUGGUACUAGCCUACGAGAAGGGCGAUGCUGCCAAGCCAUUGUCCUUUGAAUGGCUAACGCCUCCUGCUUCAGAGGUAAAACCUAAUGGAUCCGUUUGCGGAUCCUCUUCCUCUAGAGACUACGAAGAUCUGGUGAUGCGCAAGAUGCGACAGGCUGAAGAGCGCAAACGGAUUAUUGAGCAGAUGAUGAAGGACGAAGAGAGCGCUAAAUAAAUGUACUACUUAGGUCAUAAUGUAUAUAUUUAUAGUAAACGGAAUUUCGGAAUAUACAAAUAUUUGUAGCGAUUAAAUAAACCUAACUAAGCUUAAUUAAAUAAA